CAAAACAACAAUCGGCAAUUAGUUUUAUAUUGUUCCCUCAGUGUACGCAGAGUGCUGGAAUUAUAAUUGCAGACAACUCGUCACUGCGUUCAGUUGCAAUUUUGGUACUAUUGAACGCCAAGCUGUGGUAAACUCUUGUAUAUCAAGAUGCCGAAGCAGGCGCAUUCGCGGGCACGAGCAGAGGCGGAAUCAGAAGUCCUCGUCAGGAAAAAAAGGGGAAAGGCUGCCACACUUCAUAAAAGUGACGACGAUCAUCCUACAGCGGACUUGCUGGAUCGUAUCAACACAUACGCACACGCGAGGAUACUGGCAGCGGGGGCAGUCCAGGAGCAAGAGAUGUUCGCCAGGGCUGCUCUAUACUCACUUGGUGUCUUAGCCCAAGAAUUGAUUCGAGAAGAGGUGGACUUGAUUGUCGAGGGCAAGGCGAUUGACACAAAGACGGUAGCAAAACCCGACGCACCCUCAACCGUAAUUGAAGAUGUGGACUAAUCACCAGUCCAUGAGUCUCAGUAAUGACUAAGGGAAAGCAGUGGAACCCGAGAUAAUACAAUUAAGCAGACGAACGGUUGCCCAUCGACAAUUCACUCUUAGAGUCGCAGGUAUAAUAACAGCCGUGUCCCUCUAUACGGUCCAAACAGACGGUGGCUAGUAUUUUCAUGGGUGGUUUUGUCGCAGAUUUGCAACACAGAUGAUACAGCCACAUGCCAGUUGGUGUUACCCACCCUGCAAAGUUGAACUGUUUGAUGCCUAAAGCUCUCGUAAAAACUGUAUUAUACAGUCUCAUAGUAAACGAACAGCAGCCGGGCACGCCUCAACAUGACUCACGCGGUUAAGAUGAUCAAAUCAGGGCGUUCUUGAAGCAAUCUUCCAAAACAGCAUAGAAUCGCUUGCUCUUCGGUGGGCCCGUCUUAAAAACGACUAAUUAGUGCUUGAAGCCCCCGUGGGUGCUAUAUAUAUUGUACAGUCUCUCAACGUAUAUGAUACAGCCGUGCGCAGUGUGACGCCUUCCAAACAAUCAAAUCAGAGUGGUUAAUUGAUUGGCUGCCAACCCCCGCCCGAGGGUUUACGACUGCGUAGUGUUUAGCGACGAAAGAAGCAGUUUACUACCUGUUCCGACCUAUGUGAACAAUACAACGAUAUAUUGGACAGUGACCUCAAAUUAAAGUUUAGAACACCCAUAGCAUGGACG